UGACCCUUUUCAAGACAAUUUAUACAGAAUAAAGGGGAAGAUCACCUCCAUAUGGAGGAUGACCAAUAUCAUUAAAGAAUAUUUAGCACAGAAUCUGCGGAAACCUGGAAGUGGCUUCUUUGGUUGGUAUGUUACGAAGAAUAUAUUUUUGAGACGAAAUGUGAUUUUAGAAGAAAAUGCUGUAAAAUUGUGUCAGAUUGAACCCCACUACAAUGUUUUAGAGGUUGGGUUUGGACCAGGAGUAGGACUUAAAACUGCAUGUAAAUCUGUGACAGGUGGCAAUGGUAAAAUAUAUGGUGUAGACUUUUCCGAUAAAAUGAUUUCAUUGGCCAAAAGACGGCUAGCAAAGCAAAUAAAUGAUGGAAAAGUUUGCAUUCAAAAAGGAAAUGUUCUUAAUCUUCCUUUCGACAAUGACACGUUUCACAGAGUGUUCCAUUGUAAUUGUUACUAUUUUUGGCCUGAUCUACAGGCUGGGUGUCGUGAACUUUACCGAGUUAUGCGACCACAUGCAAGAAUGGUGACAACUAUUCGAGUUGACUCUAUCAAAGCGAUCACUCAGAAAAAUAUUUUAAAAUACGGUCAGACUUCAGAUCAUGUAGAAUAUAUGAAAACAUUAGAAAAGGUAGGAUUUAAGAAUGUGAGCAUGCAAAAUGUUGAGGACAGCGGGCAGACGUUUCAAGCUAUAUUUGCUGACGUUGACAAAACGUAAUUCAAGUUCAAAUAAAAAUAUGACGUC